CUCUCCGCCCAAGUCGCAUUUCACCUGCACGGGCAGACUGUAGAUAUCCUUGUAGUAUUUUAAUAGAAAUGCAGUGUAGCAAGAUAUUUGUGUUGGUCUCAGCAUGCGCACUGUAUGUUUGUUUAGCAAGUGGCAAGAAAGUUAAGGAAAAGAAGAUCUCCAAGCCCGUGCGGCUGAUCACCGAGGAAGAGUUGGCGAUGUACGAUGGAAGUCGGGAUGGGCAGCCAAUCUAUAUGGCCAUAAAGGGUGUUGUGUUUGAUGUAACUACCGGAAAAGACUUCUAUGGCAAGGAUGCACCUUACAACGCCUUGGUCGGGAAAGACUCUACAAGAGCUGUGGCAAAGAUGUCUCUGGACCCCGCUGAUUUGACACAUGACACUACUGGUCUGACAAAGGAUCAGCUGGAAUCGCUGGAGCGCGUAUUCACAGGAACCUACAAAGCUAAAUAUCCGAUAGUGGGCUACACGGCACGCUACAUGCUAAACGCAGACGGCAGCCCCAACCAAGACUUUCGACCAGAGGACCAGCCCAAUUUCAACUUGAGAGAAGAGUUAUGAUUGAAAUGUCCUUUUGGGGCGGUUUCAUACAGACAUAAUCAAAGUGAGAAAUAGUUUUGUCAAAUCAGAGUUCAGAUUUGUGUCAGAUCAGGGGUGUGUGUGUGUGUGUGUGUGUGUGUGUGUGUGUGUGUGUGUGUGUGUGUGUGUGUGUGUGUGUGUGUGUGUGUGUGUGUGUGUGUGUGUGUGUGUGUGUGUGUGUGUUAGGGAGAGAGAGAAAGAGAGAGGUGUUCCCCCCAGUGGUAGCAAGACUUAAGAGCCAGUUCAGUUGUACAGGAUGGGAAGGGCCUAUAUGAGUACUUUAUGAAAGUUUCAUUUUUUCUUCCUGACAAAGACAGAGAUUUAAAGGUAGAACGUAUGGUACCUCUUUAAGCAGUCGUUAGAUUCCGUUUCUGUAGGCCUGUAGGCAUUUUUUUGUAAUGCAAUGGACUUACCUCUUUGAAAAAUUCACACUGCUUUUCACAGAAUUUGUCAUCUCUAUGUUUGUUUUGGAUCAAACUGAAAGUUUAUCGACACUGUAAGACAGUGGGUUUAAAAUACUGUUGCUGCUCUUUGAAAGAAAGGUGUUUAAGCAGCAACUAGAUUCAGAAUUUGUAGGCCCUACAUUUUGCUCUGAACAUGCUUCAGUACCUCAAUGAAUGAAUCCCAUUGCAUUUCACAGAAUAUCCUUCUGCAUGCUUUAUAUUUUAGAUCGUAGAAAAAGGAAAAUAAAUAACUGUGACUUGUGAGUUCAGAUAGUCAGUAGUACGCCACAUGCCCUGAAAUUAAAAUAUUUUAGAGAGAGCUUCGCUCAUACAAAAAAUUCAGGACAUAGGACACACAUAACAUACAAGCAACCCACAAUGAACAUAUGGACAAUACCAAAAGUGGCCUAGUGCAUGAUAAGAAGUAACUAGAUAAGUAGAUAACUAGAUAAAUACAUGAUAAGAAGUAACUAGACUGAUAAAUACCUAGUAAAAUAAGACUCUUGUCUAAGGGAUUAAAACAGUGAAAAAAACAAUGAAAGCCAUAAAUAACAUAACAUGAUCAGAUAGGCCUACAGAGAAUCCUAGCCUGUGUUUGGACACUAUAUUGAUAUGAUACGAAAUAUGAUACAUUUCCAGUAACCACGUCAGUGCGUGUGCCCACUGCUCUCCAAUACGCCUUAACACCUUAGCAGCUCUUUGCGCUCGUCGGUGAGGAGGUGGGAGAAAGUGCUGUGGUGGUCCGUCCCCCUACACACGGCGGUUUGAUGAUGCAUGUCUGACCUCAUGUGGGUUUUUUCCCUGGUGGGCUCCGUCUGCGCAGCCCCUCUGUGUGUGGGGGAGGAGUGUCAUAAACACCUGUGAAUGCUGUUUGUUUCAAGGUGGUUUUUAACCAUCAUUUUAUUUUUUGUAUUUAUGAUUAAAGUAUAAUUUCAUUUUAAACAGUUGUAAUUGGUUCA